GAAAAAUAGCAACUGUAUAAAAUUACCGAAGGCAUAUGGAGAUGACAAAAAAGAAAUCGAAGAUGAUUUUGAAAAAAUGAUUGACAUGAUAGACGAAGAAAAAUUUGGUCCAUCAGAUGAAACAGAUCCUCCAGGCUGGGAAUCGGACACCAGAUAUGAAAAAGAAAUACGCAUUGGCAAAGUGAAGAAAGGAGGAAAAUUUGGACCAAAAGGUAAAACAAUAGAGCGUGUAAUAUUAAAGAAGAAUAAACCUUUCGGUAAAAAUGACUCUAGACCAGAUUUCUCAGAUUGGGAAAUUACAGAGGAAGAUGAAAGAGAAUUAUUGGUCAAGGAAUAA